ACAUUUACCCCUCGCACACUGUCCAAAGUUGUUGCUUUUGCUUGCCUUGUUGUUGUUGUUGUUGUUGCUGGUCGCGAAAAAUCGCGAAAACGGAGAUCCAUCAAGCAACGACUACGACGGAGAAGGUGGAUUAAUAAUUAAGCCCUCGGUGGAGAAAGGGGCGGUAAUCGCGGGUACGGACAGUGCGCCCCCAACGACAGACAACGAGGUCCGACCGUCGCAUUAUCUCAUAUUCUCGCAAGUGGCAGAGGAGGCAUUCUCCCCACUGCAACAGGGACCCACCGGUAAAGCUAUGCUUGCGAUUCUCGGCGUAGCAGAAGGGCAACAAGCAUAGGAGAGAGAGCACACACAGCAUUUGGUCGACAUACGUUUGGCGCGAUUGCUUCCAUUACGGGCGGCGGUGUGUGUAAAUUAAGGCACAAAACGUUGCUCCAAAUGCGAUAAAGCGCGGUGGUUGUGUUGUCGCGCGCGCUCGUGUCCGUAUCAGCGUUCUUUUUUUUUGCUUUUUUGGUGGAGCGGAGAGUGUGCCCGAAAUUUUGCACAUCCCGGAUUUGUUUCUCGCUGGCAGUGGAUGUGCUGGUUUUUCGGUUUGUGAAUUUGUGAAUUUGUGAUUAGCAACAACAAGAGGAGAGAAAAUCAUCAACACAGCCAUGACGCGAACAAGAAGUUUGCCAUCGAAGACGAUGGAAGGGUGCGAAGACAAGCGGUCGGAGCAGAGGCUGUUGCACAAAUGGACCCGCUACUCCAGUGCCAAACUCGAGGAAGUGGAGGAAACGCUGCUGUCAGCCCUUCGGAAACCCUUUGAAAGUAUCUUCGUCGAAGUGGGUCAGUGUGUCGGGACGAACGAUAAGAUACGCACGGUGGCACUGAACCGGGAGUCGGAAAACAUUCCCGUCCUGCUGCUGCACGGACUCGGAGCGGGUGUGGGGCUGUGGGUGCUCAAUCUCGAUGCGAUUGCCGACCACCGGCCGAUGUACGCGAUCGACAUACUGGGGUUCGGUCGUAGCUCCCACCCGAAGUACGACGAGGAUCCGAUCGCGGCUGAGCGACAGUUUGUCGCCUCGAUCGAAGCCUGGCGGGUGGCGAUGGGGCUGGAGCGGAUGUACAUCUUGGGCCACUCGAUGGGUGGCUACCUUGCCUGCAGCUAUACGAUAACACAUCCCCAACGGGUGGCUGGUUUGAUUUUGGCCGACCCGUGGGGCUUCAUGGAGACACCGCCGAGGAUUAAGCGAAAGUACUGGAUCCGCAUCCUGUACCGCACUGCACGGAAGAUGAACUUUUACCCACUGACGGUGGUGCGCAUGGCCGGCCCGACUGCGGCCUGGAUUUUGAGCCGCCGGCGGACGGACAUUACUUCGCGUUUUGAAGGAAUCGUACCGGACGAGCGGAUUGUGGCGGACUAUCUGCAUCUUGUCAACGCUCAGAAACCUUCCGGCGAGACGGGUUUCUGUGCCAUACAGAAGAACUUCGGUUGGCCUAUCAACCCGAUGCUGAAGCGCAUCGACCAAAUUGAUCCCACCAUACCCAUGACAUUCAUAUACGGAUCCGAAUCUUGGAUCGACUUUGAAGCAGGCGAAGUGACAAAGCAGAAGCGUGCGGGAAGUUUCGUCCAAGUCAAGAUAAUCGAUAACGCUAGUCAUCAUCUGUACGCGGACUUCCCGGACAUAUUUAACCAGCACGUAAACGAAGCUUGCUUCACAUACGACAAACGUAUCAAUGCGCAAAGCAAAGUGACCGAGCUUGUAGCGGAAGAGUGAACCACCCCUCACACCACACCUUUUUCCCGUCCUUUUUUCCCCCUCGGGGUGUGCCACUCCUCCCGACGAAAUGCCUGCUUAGUGAUUUUAGUGCGACGAAUAAUGCCAUCAUUUUAAAAAAAAUGCCUCGAAAUAAUGUACCUCUUCUACUGCCAGCAAAACGUAACUGGACACAGCUGGACAAACACACACACAACGUCUCUGCACACAAAGUAACAAACACUAUCCUUAGAGUGGACAAAGACGCACAAAAGCAAGCAAUCCUGAAGAAAAAAGGAUAACAUGGGCAUACAUGGCACGGUUUGUAUGUGUGUGCGUGCGUCCCCACCAUGUGAACGGAUAAUGCUCUCCUACUAUAUACUCCACACGGUCGCGUGCAACGCAAAAAAAAGCAGUAUUUUCGAUAGACACGAGUGUGCGUUACGGCGAGCACAGGUAGCUAGCAAAACAGUGAUGCCAACAAACGUAUAUUACUAGAGCCUCCAAACACAUACUAACUAUAUGUUCCUUUUUUUGCGAGAAGAAAGUGCAUAACGAACCACCCAGGGCAUAGAGACUAUUGUUAAGCCAUUUUAAGCUUCCAAUUUAUAUUGUCCGGAUUAUAUUCCCUUCCAGUGGUUUUUUUGGGGCGAACCACGCGACACGGGUCAGUGCAACGAGCAUACAACACAACCAUCACCACCUCCUUCCUUCCGCCCCCGUUUUUCUCUUCCCUAAGAUCGUGUAUUCAUCCCAGAUGAAGUGAUAAUGUUAGUGGAACACACACACUGUUUAGUGUUUUAGUACAAUCUUUUGAAGCGAUAGAGAGAGCGAUAGAGAGAGAGAGAAUGCAUUUUAUAUUAUCUUCUGCACAGCAGCAGUUUUGUUACCAGUUGGCGGCGUGUAAGCAUUUUUGUUCGUAUUUUACACAUUAGAUUUUACCUAACAACGGUUGAGCAAUGACUAGCGUCUUAUGAACGAAAACAAAACAAAAGAGAAUAAAUAAUUGGCGACAAAAACAAAACAAAACAAAAGUACAGCAGUAUUACGAAUUAGUACAUUUUUAUGGAACAGAACUGAAACAAAGCGAGAUUUGGAAAGGUGUGCGUGUGUCUGUGUGAAUCUUAGUAUAGGGACAAGAAAUGGUAUUAUCUGUCUGUCCGAGAGACAGAACUAAUCAUACACCCAUCCGCUCGUUUGUUUGUUUGGAGCAGUGCUGGUUGAUGCUUUUCCUACAUCUUCCUUUAUUAGGCAGCAGGAGAUCAGGAAGUAAGACACAAACAUGGAACGACUUGUUAACUUUUCAUCUCGAAAUCGUGUUUACCCAUUUUAGAUUCAAAAACACAAAGUGUUCCCCAACACGCAUUCGGCAGCAUACGGUUUGAGAAUAAAUAUUUAUUGCGAGCUCCUAA